AUGGGCCAGGAAUUUGUCCUUGUGUCGACUGCUGGAACCUACGCAACACCACUUCUGGGGAAUAUGGAACUCUUGCAUCUUUGGGAGACCUUGGAGACUCUGAAGCUGCAGCUAACACUUCCUCGACAAAUUCAAGAGCGGCUGAGGGAGACGGUAGUAGACACUCUAAGACCUCAGUACCGCCUGAGGAAAAUCAUGUUGCGGAUGUCAGACCCCCCAGCCCACGGGGAUUACAUCAAUGGUCGGGCUUCUCGUGUUUCCAAGCGAGUUAAACCUAACUCUUUCGUAGAGUUGUCAGAUGACGAAUCUAACAUGACGUCAGAUCAUCAGGGCACGGAUUGGAGUGAGGAUGACGAGAGCCUAGAGGAGGAGGCGGGACCUGCCUCUGCCCCUGCUCCCCAGGCAGAAUCCUCCGGAACCCCGGUGGACUCAUUGGGUGUUCCCUUUUUUAAUCCAGAUGACAUUACUCAUCCUAGAUCCGGGGAGUGGACGCCUUCUCCCCAAGUGUCUAAGUACAUUGAAACUUGGCUACGCAGAUCGCUGGAUCGCGCGAACCGCAGCAAAUUGAGGGCGGAAUGCCCGAGGCCAUCUAUUGGCAGUAGUGUUGCGAAGACUUCCGAUCUGGACCCCAUCCUGGUCAGAUAUCUCCUCAAAUCGGGGAAGAACCCCAAGAAGGGAAUUGAUAAGUCCUUCAAGGGGGUGCAAGACAAACUCCUGGACAUUCUGGGUCCAUUGACAAAAAUCUUGGACAUGUCCGAACAGGCGGUGGCUUCUGGCGCCCCUGUAGAUGCAGAGACCCUAAGGGGGUGGGCGUUGCGGGCGAUCUGUCUGCUCGGCAACGCCAACACGGCCAUGUCGGCGGAACGCCGCAGGUCUAUCUUGAUGCGCUUGGACCCUCAGUUGACCCAUUUGGCCUCUGACGAGCCGGGUCCGAGUGCAGAAGGACUGCUCUUUGGCGACUCCUUCAUUAAAAACAUUAAUAAAUUUGUCGGGCUGUUCUCCAGCCUCGACAAGGCCCAGUCCUCUCUUAAAAAGUCUUCUCAGGGGAAGGUUUUCAACAGGGCUGGAAGGGGUAGGGGUCGCCCUUCCAGCCGUGGUUCGUAUUACCGACCCUACCAUAGAGGAACUGUCCACUUCACGCCAGACAGACAGCACUAUACACCCGCCCCACCUGUGCAACCGGUUACCCCGUUCUUCCCGACCAGAGGUCGUCCAUGGAGGGCUCGAGGUUCCACGCGUGGUUUUCCCAGAACCAGAGGCACAGGCUAUUGAAGAUUUUAUCUUGCAUGUCGAUUUUACAGUUGGAGUUACUCGUUAGUAACAUUGCUUCCAAUCGAACCUGCGGUGUCCCGACGGACUCACUUCGUUGAUGUUGAUUGAAGUUCCGGUGGAUAGUUUGGAGAUCCACGCUGUUAGUUCGGUUCCUGGUUUGGGGAAUCUUCAAGUGUCCGAGAAGUGGUGAUCUGUUCCAGUAAGAGGCUGCCUGACAUAAAGAAAGAGGAGGAGGAGGAGCUUCAGCCAGUUUAUAUAGGACUCCCUGUGUGUGGUCAUUGGUGGAGGAGAGAAAGGGGAGUCACUAUGGUUGCUAGGUACCUAGUUACCAGCAUUUUUUCUUUUUAUGUUGUUAACACUUGCAUUUCUUUCUGCUAUUGGGCAAAAUAAAGAAGGAAUAUGCAUCUGAUACUCGCCUCCUGUCUUUAUAAAAUCUAAA